AUGACAGAAGAAGUGCCCGCAGCUGCCACCAUGCCGGCGUGCAACGGGAGCCUUCCCCCGGAGGACGGCCCACUCCAGGUCAUCGGUGGCCUCGAAGAAAUUGCAAAAUCUCUUGGGACAGUCCCGUAUGCGAACGCGGAAAUGAGCCCUGACACUCUACCUGCAAAGGAAAAUCUGGAGGAAAACAGAAAUUCAUUGCCAGAGGACAUCGCUCCUGAGAAUUUUGCUGGAGAGAAGCGAUGCCAAGAAAAGCGAGAGGAGAACGCUGGCACACCACAGCAGGGACCAGCGGAUAUCCAGGAUGCAGGGACCAAUGGCCAGGGAUCAGAGGCAGGGCCGGGUGGCACAGCGGGGACGGGCACGGAGGUGGCGGAGACCCCGCCGGGCAGCGCCGAGCCCAGACCGAACGCGGCCGAGGAGGCGGAGGCGGAGGAGGAGGAGGAGGAGGAGGAGCAAUUCUGCAUUGUGCCAGCAGACAUAGCCCUCAUUGUGCCAUUCACACUUGUUUGUUUGCUCCUUGGCCUGGGGAAGUUCUGA